GCCGCCCAUCUGCGAAGCUUCUGUGCCCCGUGGCCCGGGCCGCGCCGAGCUGUCAGAAGCCCAGGCCAUGGGGCAGCCCCGGCCUUUCGCAGUGUGAGGCGCGGGGCCCCCCGCGGGCUCUCUUGACAAGUCGAGGGCCGGCAGGCGCGAGGAGUCGUUCCAGCCGCGGUCGCGGCCGCCGCCGGCCCGGGCUCCCGGCAUCAUGAACAUAGACGUGGAGUUCCACAUCCGCCACAACUAUCCUUGGAGCAAGUUGCCGGCCAACGUGAGGCAGAGUCUUGGAAAUUCACAGAGAGAAUAUGAAAAGCAGGUUGUCCUGUACAGUGUCCGCAAUCAGUUAUGAUACAGAAAUAACUUAGUUAAACAUGUCAAGAAAGAUGAACGCAAAUACUAUGAGGAACUACUAAAAUACAGUCGAGAUCAUCUCAUGCUGAUGUACCCUUACCAUUUAUCAGAUAUUAUGGUGAAGGGCCUGAAGAUAACACCAUUUUCAUAUUAUAUAGGGAUUAUGGAGGACAUUAUGAACAGUGAGAAAAGUUAUGAUUCAUUGCCCAAUUUUACUGCUGCUGACUGUCUAAGGCUUCUUGGCAUAGGAAGAAACCAGUACAUUGAUCUGAUGAAUCAGUGUAGGUCAUCAAAAAAGUUUUUCAGAAGGAAAACAGCCCGUGAUCUGCUACCAGUAAAGCCGGUAGAAAUUGUCAUUGAGGCGUGGUGGGUGGUGCAGGCUGGAUAUAUCACAGAAGAUGAUAUAAAGAUAUGCACUUUGCCUGAGAAAUGCGCUAUUGAUAAGAUCAUUGAUGCAGGCCCUCAACUCACUGGAUUGCUAGUUUACAAUAUAGUACAUAGUUUAUAUAACAAAGGGUUCAUUUAUCUGGAUGUACCAAUAUCUGAUGACAGUUGUAUAGCAGUUCCUCCUCUUGAAGGAUUUGUAAUGAAUCGAGUGCAAGGUGAUUAUUUUGAAACUCUACUCUAUAAGAUAUUUGUUUCAAUAGAUGAGCAUACUAAUGUUGCAGAGCUUGCAAAUGUCCUUGAGAUAGACUUAUCCCUGGUUAAGAACGCUGUUUCAAUGUAUUAUGGAUUUGGCUUUGCCAAUAAGAAGGGACAAGUAAUAAAUUUGGAUCAACUUCAUUCAUCCUGGAGGAAUGCUCCAUCCGUAAACAGAUUAAAGAGUACUUUAGAUCUACAAAAGAUGCUCCUAUCAUGGGAUGGUGCGGAAAGUAGGAGUCCUGUACAAGAAGCUUCAUUGGCUACUGACACUGAUACAAAUAGUCAAGAAGAUCCAGCUGACACAGCCAGUGUAAGCAGUUUGAGUUUGUCUGCGGGGUAUACAAAGCGCAUUGCAUUCCUGUUUGACUCAACUCUUACUGCCUUUUUAACGAUGGGAAAUCUUUCACCAAACUUGAAAAGUCAUGCAGUCACAAUGUUUGAAGUUGGCAAGCUCUCUGAUGAGUCUCUGGAUAGCUUUCUUAUAGAACUAGAAAAGGUUCAGAGCACUGGUGAAGGAGAAGCACAGAGAUAUUUUGAUCAUGCACUCACUCUGAGAAACACAAUACUGUUUCUGCGUCAUAAUAAAGAUCUAGUUGCGCAAACAGCACAGCCAGACCAACCGCAUUAUGGUUUUCCUCUGGAUCUCUUGCGCUGUGAAAGCCUGCUCGGUUUGGAUCCUGCAACUUGCAGCAGAGUUCUAAACAAAAAUUACACGCUGCUUGUUUCCAUGGCGCCUCUCACCAAUGAGAUUCGGCCUGUCAGCAGCUGUACCCCUCAGCAUAUUGGACCAGCUAUUCCAGAAGUCAGUUCUGUCUGGUUUAAACUGUACAUUUACCAUAUCACUGGGCAAGGACCACCAUCUCUUUUACUAUCUAAAGGUACAAGACUUCGAAAACUGCCAGACAUAUUCCAGGGUUAUGAUCGAUUACUAAUAACGUCUUGGGGUCAUGAUCCUGGGGUAGUUCCGACGUCAAAUGUGCUCACGAUGUUGAAUGAUGCUUUAACACAUUUGGCAGUUUUGAUUCAGGGACAUAGUUUGCAUGGGAUAGGAGAAACUGUCCACAUACGGUUUCCAUUUGAUGAAACAGAGCUACAAGGAGAGUUCACUCGUGUCAGUUUGGGUGUUCAUAAAGCGUUGCAGACAUUAAGGAACAAAGUGGACUUGCAGCAUUUUUGCGGAUAUGUCACCAUGCUGAAUGCUUCUAGCCAACUUGCAAAUAAAAAACUCAGUGAUGCUUCUGAUGAGAGAGGAGAACCUGAUUUGGCUUCUGACUCAGAUGUAAAUGGGAAUACAGAGUCAUUUGAAAUGGUCAUUGAGGAAGCAACUAUAGAUUUAGCAACAAAGCAAAAUUCUGUUGCCACAAUAGAAGCAGAUUGGGUUCCUCUUGAACUGUGCUUUGGAAUUCCAUUGUUUAGUUCUGAAUUAAACCAGAAAAUCUGUAGAAAAAUUGCUACACAUGGCCUUUGCACUAAAGAGAGCCUUCAAAAUCUCUUACAUUCCAGUAGAAAACUCUCUCUACAAGUCCUUAACUUUGUUCACUCAUUCCAGGAAGGUGCUUCAACACUGGAUAUUCACACCGGCCAGUUUUCAAGUUGGCUUUCACAGUCAUCCUGUGGCAAUACUGGAGUUCCACUUCCUGCUAAGAACUUAAUAUUCAAAGACGGCAUCUUAUCAGAAUGGAGCGGACGGUCACCUUCCUCAUUUCUUAUUGCCAAUCUCCAUUUGCAGUAAUUUGGUCACACCAUUUGUUGCUCACACCCUCUGCCUUUUUUCUUUCUUACUGUUAGCUUUGUGGUGCCGGCACUAAAAAGCUUCGUGCUGCUGCAGUGCAGUUCACACUUCACUGAUGUGAAAGGCUUGGGGACACGUUCUUUUUUUCUGAAGGUUUCCUCAUUAGUGCACCUGCCAAUGCAGCAAAGAGCUUUUUAGCAGCCUGAACUGUACUUUUCACUUUGAGACAAUCUGCAUUUCUUUUAUAAAACUGAGGGUAUACUUUAUAAGCUUUAUGAUGACUGUUACGUUUAUAAGCAGUCUCUAUGAAUAUUGCAAUGGUAAUUUUAUAUGUUAGUUUCAGACAUAAAUCUUGUUUAAUUUUAUAUUUUGUUACCUACUCUUUAGGGGAUCAUGGGAAGAGGUAGAACUCUUCCUCUGAAAAGGCUUCUUGGUACUUAAAGUAAUAAAACUAUAAGACAAGAAACAUCCAGUAUUGAGAAAUGAGAUAAUGGGGCAUUAAGAAUUCCUGUGGAUGUCUGUAAAUUAUGUGUAUCAGUUGAACAUUGUUGAAAGUAUGUAAAUCAGCAUAAUUAUAACUUAACCUUGAUUUAUAAGGUCUUAACUCAGACUAUGACUGUAUACAUUGACAUCUCAUGAGAAGCUUUGGAAAACAUUCUAUUUUUAAACAGUGUUUAUAUGUGGACCUCUGUUGUCACUCACUUUGGGCUUUAUAUUUUUAUAGAGUCUUUAUGGAAAAAUAGAAUUUAUUUUCCACUCUCGUAGCUGUGGCUGCUGCACAUUUUCACCCUGAUUUAUCUUUACCAAUGACUCGUUACAAAAUUGAAUUUGUUGUUUUCAAACUGAGGAUUGUGAUUUUAGUUUAGAUUUACAUGUUAGAGGCAUUAAGGCUAUGUCUUCUGAUCAAAACGUGUUAAUGAUAAAUCUGCUUCAAGGACAUGUUCUUAGGAAAUCUGAAUCUUAAAUUUAUGUGAGUAGUUUUGGAGGAAAUGAUAAAGAAAAAUUGAGUAAUUUCAAAAUGUUUCUUGAGUCAUUGAUUCUUUUAGUAUCUCCAAUGUUAGAAUAAUUGGAAUCAUUUCUUAGAUUUUUCAAGUUACUUUCCUUGGGAAGUUUGUGCAGUGUUAUAGCUUAGUUUAGCUCUUCUCAUAGGAUAAUGGUUUGCUAGCUUAAAACUGUAACCAGAGUAACUGGUCAGAUAAUAUGUAUCUACAACACUUAGAGCAUUAGAAAAUUUGAGAAUGUAAUAACCAAAAUAAACAUUUUUGCUGAUCAUUUUUGUUAUUUAUAGAACUGAUAUUUGUGUAUUUAACAUACUUCUGGAAAUAUAUGCCUUUAUUAAAACUGUUACCCAUGCAUUCAAAACCAUUGCCUAACUACAGAAUUGAAUAUUCCGGAGCAGGUUUCUUGUGGCACAGUCAAUGCUGUGUUUGGGGUACACACAGUAACAUUUAGUUUCUACUUUGUCUUCUAUGAGGUGGAAACCAAGUGUAUGUUAUAAAUGUAUCUAUAAAAGGAAAAAUGCAUACUAAUAUUAAAAUAAUUUCUUAUGACUGUGAAUCACUUGUUUAUUUUUCCAGUAUUUGUACAUUUCUAGUGCUAUUAGAUAUGUACAUAUAACUUUUACAGUUUUUCAACCUGAAGUUGUAAGUAUUUCAUUUGAUCAGGGCUCUUUAAUCUCCUUUUCAUUUGCUUUGUUUGAAUUAAUUGUAGUUUAUUUUAUUUAUUCCUGUAUUAACAAUCUAAGCCUACUGUAAUGACAUGUACACUAAUAAAGAAUUGAAUAUUUGUA